CUUUCGUUUUCUGCUCAUUAUUACGAUAAACACCGUCCUCGGUGUGUAUGUUUCUUGUCAUACUGUGAAGUACAUAACUUACCAACGGGAGGGAAAAUUGCAGGGAUAUUUAUACCUGAACUGAGUAACGCUGGCGCUAUCUUAUGAUUUGCCAUGGAACACUGAACGUGUUUGAACGUCCUGACGGUAAAACUGCACAAACAGUGGAGCCAGUAGUCCAGAGCAGAUCAAUGGACGAGGAGUAUCCCUUCAGUCCCGUUGAAGAGCCUGCAGAUGAAAGCGAUGGACCAAGCGUCGAAAAGACAAGCCCUGAAGUGGAAAGCACUGAACAGAUACUGCAAUUGGAGGAAAGUCCUGUGUUAGAUUAUGUAGACGAGAUCAAGGAUGAGACAAAGGAUGACCCUCAAGCCUUUGAACCUCCUCUUGACUGGCUUGAACCCCUGGAAGAUGAUGAUGAUGACGAUGAGGAGGGGAGCCUUGGAGGAGAGAGUGAGAUAAGCGUGAAUGUCGGGACCACUGGGAAGAAACGCAAAAAGGGUCCACUUUUUCACCUACCUCGUGGUAAAAGAUCGCAUCCUGAUGAAGGGUGGGAGGAGUGGCCUUUGCUUGGAGAUGGCUGGAAACGCAAAGAAGUUGUUCGACGUUCAGGUUCAAGCAUUGGCCAAAAAGAUGUUUAUUAUUUAAGCCCGAGGGGUGACCGUGUGAGAAGUAGAGUCGAACUGGUAUCGGUGAUGGCUGGUGCACUUGACCUUUCACAAUUUGAAUACAAGACAGGGCUCUUUCUUAACGGACAAGUACCCAAAAGACGUAGAAAAAAGAAAAAAGUACGGGAGCGGUCGUCUUCAGAGUCAAGCUGGUUAGAGAGAGGGGAUGGUGCCGACACUCCAGACUCCAUCCACCGGCUUACGCCCAACUUGGUGACAAAAACCUCUCAACAAAACCUAACCUGUUUCUUGUUACCGAAACACACGGAGACCACAGUCAAGCCUGAACCACCCAAUGGAGAUAGUAUCAAACUCCCUCUUCCUUCGGCAUCCAGGCACACCCCUCUUCCCGCCAUAAACGGAGAAGCUGCAAGUCAGGAAAGCAUUCUAGAAUGUUCCAGAUGUGGAAUUUCCUUCACGGGAACCAAGUAUGACAAGAAGAGGAAGAAGCCUUGCUGCGCCUCCUGCUGGGCCUUCAAGACUAAAGAACAUCCUAUGAUUCGCUUUCGAAAGUGGAUUCCCUGUGGUCAGUGCAUGGGAUGCCUUACAACAGUGAAUUGUGGGCAGUGUGCAAACUGCAGAAAUGGAUUCCAAGGGACGGAGCUUCGAAAGCGCAUAUGCAGCAAACGCAGAUGUUCAUGUCCCAUCCGUAAGGGCCUAGCUGUCAACCCCGCAGUAAAGAAGGCAGAAGUGGAAGAAGUUGAGGACAUCAGUAACCAGUUCCAGCCAACUCCAACAGAGUGUGUCACUCUGAAAAGCAGUGACACAGAAAAUGUUUCCCUAAACCCGGAUCCAGAGGACGAUGAAGACAUGUCAACUGACGAUGAUGAUGAUUGGCAUAAGAAGCGAAAGCGGCGUGCCUGCGGGGAAUGUAAAGCCUGUCUCUGCAGGAGAGACUGUGGCACAUGUGACUUCUGUGUUGACAAACCCAAGUUUGGUGGCAGCAACAAAAAGAGACAGAAAUGUCGACUACGUCAGUGUCAAAGGCAGGCCAUGAGGCAUUUGCUUCCUGCAGAGAUGGAAAUUGAGUUUGGAGCAGAUAGCUCGCUGCUGCCUGGAAGACCACGACCUCACUACACUUACAGUCGAAAGUCGACCGCCAAGAAGAACAAGCCGCACGCUGAAAUAGACCUCACUGACAACGAAGAUGAAGACACAGGUUUUUUGCAGCAGAAUUACUGGCCCUUGCCACCUGAAAGCAACGACUUGAAAAGCCAAUCGUGUAUGCAGAUGAAUCAUUCGGAAAUUAUGGAGCUGAACGGAGUGGAGGAGUUAUUUUCACAUGCCAACAUCCGUGACAGCAGUUAUAAUUGCGGAGGUUCUGUCAUGACUCACUGUUCUGACGGUUACAGGUUUGAUUCACUCAUGAACCAACAGGACCAGCCACGUAAAAGAAAUGAAGGCAGAACAUUUAAAAGCAAAGAUGGUCUGAAUCUGGUUUUGAAUAACAUGGAAGAGCAGGACGAGCGGGAAGACGAGGACGACUUUCCAAUGAUCACACAUAUCUUCAGUUUGGCGGAUCGAUCGAACGGUGGUGGGGACCAAAACCAGCUGGCCAAACUCCUGAAGUCUCUCCAAGAGGCGGACCUGCCAGUGCUGUGGUACGCCAUCAUGGUGGACGGGCCGCUGCUGCAGAUCAUCCAGUGUUCCAAAAAGUCCAGCAUGGCCGACACCAUGGUGCUGAUCGACACAGCCUUCCACUUUCAGAUCACCGUUCAGAAGCAGCCGCUGCUGCCCACCCACUGGCUCUACGACGACUUCCCGGCACGCCUCACCUGCGUGGCCGAGGUGGUCAAUCUGCUGACAGCCCUGGAGAAAUACUCGGUCUGCCACGGACUCCCGCCCAAAGACACGUACUCCAGUCUGCAGCCCAUCACACUGGAGCGAGCGUCGACGUGCCAUUUUGUAGUCAAGAAGAACGUCGGCGUCUGUUCGAACUGUAAACUUCUCUGCGAAUGAGGACACUCUGCCGCAAAGAGACAGCAUUUCGGUACAGUAUUGUACCACUGGAAGUGGGUUCCACAUGUGCUACAGUGACACUUACAGGUUUACCUCUGACUGUUAGUAGGAGUUGAAGAAUCACCAAAGGCAUUCCAUGAGCUGAGAGGCUGGAACACAGCCAGUGAUGUUCUCGUCAUCAUUGUUGUUUUGUUUCUGCAGCAGGAGAUGCGCUUUUACUUGAGGAACACUUACCGUUAUUGUGCUACUAGUUGAUACAUGACAAGAAUGUGAACAUAAUGGCAUGUUGCCUACCCUGACAUUCAUUCACUCAUUUUAUUUGUCCUUAGCUCAAAAUAUGCAAGUAUUCAGUGGAUUCCAUGUUCUGUCUCCAAUCCAGCGCCAACGUAAGCUGCUUUGUUCUCAGUAUGGUUUGCUGCUUCAUAAGGACACAGCAGUUUUAACAUCAUUUCAAUGUUAUGUUUUUUUUUUUUUUUAAGUGACAAAUUGAGUCUCUUACAAUGACAGUUUUAUAUUUAUUCAGGACAUAAGAGUGUUGAAAUGGAAACUGAAAUCUUCUUUUGCUGAUUCAUGACAUUAAAGAAGGCUGAAAUGUUUCAACUCAGUUUUAAUAGUGGUUUUCAAUGAACAUGUCGUUGUUGUUAAAGUGGUUUGGAAGAAUUGGAUCCUGUUUGAUAAAGUCAUUGGAAAAGACCUGUAAACGUCUCAUGCUGUCAAAAGGUCACUUGUGGUGACCCAGCUGGCUCCGUUUGGAGUGACUGCUUGAACAACUGCUGCUGCUUUAAAGGCCGCAGCUGAACGACGCAGACGUGAGGAGAAAGCCAGUCGAGUGGUCUGUGGAAGUGAUUUUUACGUGGGGGACAAAGACCUGCAAAUUGCCCUGUCGUGGC